AUGCCCAACUCUGCUAUCAGAAAAUGUGCUCGUGUGCAGUUGAUUAAGAAUGGAAAAAAGAUUGCUGCUUUCGUGCCCAAUGAUGGUUGUUUGAACUUCAUUGAGGAAAAUGAUGAGGUGUUGAUUGCUGGAUUUGGUCGUAAAGGACAUGCUGUGGGAGAUAUUCCUGGAGUCCGAUUUAAGGUUGUCAAGGUUGCUGGUGUCUCUCUUCUAGCUCUGUUCAAGGAAAAGAAGGAAAAACCCAGGUCCUAGGUUAAGGUUGUUGGUUUUGUCUUAAAUUUUGCCUACUCAAAUGAAACUUGUACCGUCUUGAAAUGAAUACUGAGCAUCCUUAAAAAGAGACACCCUCCCUACUUUGUUUUGUGCUCUAUCCGUGUCUAUUCAAGAUGAUUUUCUAUACUCUUAGUUAUUUGCUUAUAUUUUCAAUUGGUUUAUUUACUUCUCUUAACGAUGUCAUGAAAAUUUCCGGAAUUUAUGUUAACAAGAUCAGCUUUUUAAUGAUCUUGCAUUUAUAAAAAAA